AAAACUCAAAAAAUCUAGUAGGUUGCGACGAUAACCGCUUUUCUCUUCGCCAUUUUUCUCUCUGUAUAUCUCUCUCUCCGUGUGUUCACUCUUCACACAGAAACGCAGUAAUGGCCGCCGCAUCAUCCCCACGCGAAGACAAUGUAUACAUGGCAAAACUUGCUGAGCAAGCCGAGCGCUACGAAGAAAUGGUUGAAUUUAUGGAAAAAGUCGUCGCUGCUGCAGACGGCAGCGAGGAACUCACCAUCGAGGAGCGCAACCUACUUUCCGUUGCUUACAAGAACGUGAUUGGGGCACGGAGGGCUUCCUGGCGUAUCAUCUCCUCGAUCGAGCAGAAAGAGGAGAGUAGGGGCAACGAGGGGCACGUGUCGACGAUCCGUGAUUACAGAUCUAAGAUCGAGUCGGAGUUAUCGUCGAUCUGUGACGGUAUUCUCAAGCUUCUUGAUUCGAAGCUCAUCGGAUCCGCGUCUAGCGGUGAUUCAAAGGUUUUUUAUCUGAAAAUGAAAGGAGAUUAUUACAGGUAUUUGGCUGAAUUUAAGACUGGAUCUGAGAGGAAAGAAGCUGCUGAGAAUACUCUCUCCGCUUACAAGGCGGCUCAGGAUAUUGCAAAUGGAGAACUGGCUCCCACCCAUCCUAUCCGACUAGGAUUGGCACUCAACUUCUCUGUGUUUUACUACGAAAUCCUGAAUUCACCUGACCGUGCAUGUAAUCUUGCAAAACAGGCUUUUGAUGAAGCUAUUGCAGAAUUGGAUACCUUAGGAGAAGAUUCUUACAAGGACAGCACCCUGAUAAUGCAGCUUCUUCGUGAUAACCUCACUUUGUGGACUUCGGACAUGCAGGAUGACAGUGCUGAGGAAAUUAAAGAAGCACCCAAGGCCGACGAGUAACAAAUUUCCCUUGCUCGAGACCUUUCUAUGCUCUGUAAUUGUUUGCUUUUCAAUUGAAAAUGCUACUUGUUGCGAGUGUCGACUCUUUAGUUGUAGGAGUUUCAUGAUUUUCUAUCCUUUUUAAUAUUAUGCUUAUUUGACUUUCAUCCUUGCAAACAUUUCUAGGUUGUGAUUUUAUAAGUUAAAUGUUUGUGGUUAUACUUAUAGGUAUCUUCUGGUUUACGCUUCUUCAA